AUGGCUGUGGCAACGCCAUCAUCCAAGUCUGCCUUCACGGUAGUCCGCGCACCUCCUCAUUCGCGCGUCCUUCCGCCUUCUGGCAGCUCUUCCAUUGCGGCCACCGGCUCGCACAUCCACCUGUCGGGUCACAGCCACAGCAGUGCCCACGCAAGCUCCAGCAAGGAUGCCAUGGAUGUCGAUUACGACGAGGAUGAGCAAGCUGCUUUGCGCGGCUACAUGGACGGGGAAGCAGGUUCGACGGCAGAAAAUUUCAAAGUGGCGACGGCUGGAGAGGCUAUCGCUUCGGCUUCCUCGCUCAUGCGUGGGCAUGGCGCUUACUUGUCCAGCGUCGAGGGAGACGAGGGUUCAGCUGCUUCGAUCAUCUCGAGCUUGUGCGGAACGGUGACGAGGACGAACAGGCUGAUCAGCGUCAGCCCGGUCAGAUGUCGAUACGCGCCAGAAGUGGGCGAUCUGGUCGUGGGACGCAUCACCGAGGUAUCGGCAGGUCAGAGGAGGUGGAAAGUCGACAUUGCCAGUAGGCAAGAUGCUGUGCUCUCUCUCUCCUCUGUCAAUUUGCCUGGAGGCGUACAAAGACGAAAAUUGGAGUCAGACGAGCUGCAAAUGCGAGUCUUUUUCCAGGAAAAGGACCUGCUGGUUGCGGAGGUGCAGACGGCUUUUCAGGAUGGAGCGGUAGCUCUGCACACUCGAAGCCUGCGCUAUGGCAAACUUCGAAAUGGUCAAUUAGCGAUCGUGCAGCCUGUCCUGAUACGUCGCCUAAAGAGUCACUUCGUUCAUCUCAAGAGGGACGACUCGGUCGAUCUGGAUCUUACGAUUGGACUGAACGGAUUCAUCUGGGUGUCUAAGCAUUCGGACUAUGAUGCCACCAAAGCUGAGCAAGAACAGGAAUCUGCCAGCAUGAGUACAGGAUUGGCUGGAAGGGGCGUAGGAAUGGACAUUGAUGGCGUGUACAGCGACGUCAACGAGGUGAGCCGGUCAAAGCCGCUUUCACACUCUUGGCAUGCGCCACUAUUACUUGCUGACAGCGCGGUGGCCGUGGUCUAUACAGAGCAUUCCACCUCACACCAUGCAGGCGAUCGCGAGGGUGUGCUACAUUCUGGCAUUGCUGUCCAAUGCGCAUAUACCCAUCUCCGAUGUCAGCGUCGGUAGAGCAUUCGACGUCAGCGUAGAACUUGCUCCCGUGCAGGGAGGUGGCUUAACGGAACUCAUAUGUGCUCAGAUCAGGCAGGAAGCUCUGAAGGCCAUUGCUAGGUAG